AAUCACGUGCUCUAAUGUUCUAAUUUUUAAUUACCGAGCGAAAAACAAAGAGAUUGGAAACUACAACAAAGAUGGCGCCUGCGAAAGGAAAACAGCCGACUAAAGGCAAAAAGGAAAUUUUACAAGGCAAUAAGGACACGUUGGGUUUUUAUGGGAAGAUUAUGGCGGCUUCCAUGGCGAUAUACGUUGUUGUUUGUGUUUUAAUAUUGUACAAUUCUUCAGGAUGGCUUACUGUUUUAGCGCUACUCUUUAGUUCAUCCGUUUACGGGGGUUGCUACAAAGCAAUGGAAAGCAUGGCUAAACCUACUUAUUCCGAUACUGGGGUGCUUCUAGAUGGAGGUAUUGACCUCAACAUGACAUCAGGAAUGGCAGAACAUUUAAAGGACCUAAUUCUACUUACUGCGAUAGUGCAAGUUUUAAGUAUUAUAUCAAAUUUUUUUUGGCUUCUAUGGUUGUUGGCACCAGGCCGGGCAUUUUACAUGUUAUGGACCAGUAUAUUAGCACCGUGGAUAUUUGCCGAAGCACCAAUACAAGAGGACCUCGACCCUAAACAACAGAAAAAACUAGAAAAGAAAAUGAGAAAAGAAAAGAUUAUUUAUAAAUAAGUUAUUUUAAAUAACAUGUCAUUCACUAAUUGUAAAUUACAGAAAUAAAGUGUGUUCAGUCUCUCACCUUAAAAUGCAUUUGGCAUUUAUGUAUCAGAGAAGACUGAGAAGUGUCAGAUAGGUUCCUAAUAUAUGAAAUAGUUGCUGGAAUAAAAGAAUCAUCCAACUUGAAAAAGAUUUUUUCUAAUGAAAUUUGAUUUCUUCAGAAAAAAUGAAAAUGUUAUGAACCCAGUAAUUGAUAUCUAAAUAAUCAUUCAAAUGAAGUGAUGACACAAAUGUUUUGUUAAUUUUCCCCAUACAAAUUGUUACUUGCACGGUUACAGACUUACAGUUAUUCUUAUACAUCAUUACAUAGUUAUAAAAGCUUUUGAGCUAGGUGUUAACGUCCCCCAACAUUGGAUUGAUUCUUUGAACCUCUUAUUUAUCUCCACAAGUAAAAAUGCUCAUUCAAACUAGCAAAGCUUCUUCUGAUAAAACCUUUUGAAACCUUACUGAAUUUGAAGCAAGUGUUGACUUAUGCCAAGUACUUGUAUGUCACCAACAGUCUGUGAUAUUACUUGUAAAAAUUAUCUAAGCCACAAGCAAUGCAUAACAGACAGUUGAUGACAUUGGUGAAAGGGCUUUACAAUAGGCAUCCUAUCAAGUUACUAUGGCCAAUAAAUUAUGAGAAACAGUGUAAUAGUAAUUAUGGCUAAUAAGUUAUGAGAAAAAGUUUCAUAAUAACUUGAUAGAAUGAUAUUGCUAGCUUUAUCUUUCUAAUAUCUUUUGGAUACAAGGUAAAAUUCUAUAGUCUUGUUAAAAAUAUGAAGGUCAACAAUACCAAUGAAGGAGACAGCAGCUUUUAGCAUUUGAAUGUACAGUGUGUAUAUAUAACAGACAUCUAAUAUAAAUCUAUAGACAUGACAUGUCGGGUUGUAUACAGUAGUUACAAAAUAAA